UUUUUUUUUUAGUUACUAUGUUUAGUAUCGCUUUUAAAAUAAUACUACGUGUAGAACCUUUGACUGCCUUUCACAUUAAGCGAAGUUUGUGUCUUCAUCAUGUAUGAGUACUAAGAAAAAAAGAUAAAAAGGCUUUCACUUUUUGUUAAUUUUUUUUUUCUUGCGUUGCGUUUCAUACAUUUGAGUUUUAAGCCUUUAAAUAUGCUAAAAAGAGCUAAUGCCGAUGGUGGGCUUAUUUUUUAAAGGCCAUCUAGGAAGUGCUUCCUCCGACGGGCGUCGGAGGAGUGGGACCUGUGUGCAAAUCGUUCCUCCGACGCCGGAAGUGACGUAGUCGCGUCGGAGGAAAGACGCCUGUGUGGAAAUCACUCCUUCGACGCCGGAAGUAACGUAUCAUCCCCGGCCCCGGAUGUUGCCUUUGUUAUGACAUGUGGCCGACCAUGUGCGUCUGCCGCUGUAGUCUUCUGUGGUCGGGUCCUGGCCGCGCUGCUGUCGGCUCCGGUCACGCAAGCUAUUUUGACUGAUUUUUCGCACUCUUUGAAGCGUUUUGUUUAGCAUUAUCUUGUUCUUUUUAGCAAUACAUUUUUCCGUAUCUAGUGCUACUCUUUGUAUUUUAGCUUUGAUCGCACCCCCAACGUGCCUCGAGUUUUGGUAGCCGGCGAUUCGAUGGUGAAGUACUUGCCAUUGAAUAGUCGGUUGGCUGUUGAGGUUGCGCCGUUUAGUGGUAUUAGAAUCGAGCACUUGUUUUCCCAGGUGUCUGAGAAGCUACCCGAUUUUGAUGUUGUCACCCUACACGUUGGCACUAAUAAUUCCCAUAUUAGUGCCAGCGUCUACAUCGACAAAUAUCGUCGUCUAGCUGCCGAGAUCUGUGAACGCAAUCCAGUGAUGCAGAUCGCCUUUUCUGCCGUUCUUCCGAGACGGGAGAAUAGGUUCUGCUCAUUGGAAUGGCAGCGUAGUCACGCUGCAGAGAUCGAGGCUUCGAAUGACCGUUACCGAGAGGUGAACUCGCUGCUGCGAGAGUUGUGUCGCAGGGAAGGGUUCACGUUCCUUGACGGGCUUGCUGACGAGUGGCACCAGUGGAUCCACCGCGACGGCGUCCACCCAAACCGGAUCGGCAACAAGGUCCUCGCUGGGUUCAUGGGCCAGCAAGUACGGAGCAUCCUGGAGAAGAUGGCCAGGGCCAAGAUCCAGCAGGACCACAAGGAGGCAAUGCCAGGGACCCGCUCGUGGGACGGCUGGACCAUCAAGGGUGCCCUAUUGACCGCGCCAUGUUGUCUCUUCAGAAUUCUCCGACUUUUCCAGCAAAGUUUUGUUAAUCUGACGACAUAGUCUUUCUAAGAGGCUGGGGAAAUUAUAGCAAAACGUUUGUGGGCCUCACAUCUGGUAACAAAAAGGCUCCAAAAACAAGGCCCCUUGAAAACUGAGCAAGUUGCUACUUGUGUAAAUUGGCUCUGAAGAAACCAACAACUAGGCGCUGCACAGUCCGAUGAUUCUUUCCGAGUCUGAAGUGCUUCGAGGGAAUCGGAAUUUUGUGUUAUAAUGUGAAUAAACUGUUCUGCAUUACAAAUCGAGUUUGAUGUUGUUUACUUACAUUUGGGGGGGUGCCAAUUUGUCUUAUACCUUAGUAGUUACGUCAACACACUGCAUUUGAUAUCAAUCCUGCCCCAACAAUAGCUAGCGCACAUGGGCCCCUUUUUUCCUUUCUGAUCACUCCUCAAAUAAUGCCCGGUGCUUCUCUGCGUGCACCAGAGCAACGAAAGAAAGCUAACUGCGAGAGCACUGGCUUUUCUCCGCAGCGUAGAGGUUACCAAAAAAGAGCUGGUGCUUUUCACAUGCACCGGUGCGAUGUGGGAAAACUUACAGCGAGCGCACGAGUGCUUCUCCGCGUGUACUGGUGCAACAAGGAAAAGCUUAACACGAGAGCAUUGUCGCAAAGUAUUAAGCUUGAUACUAGCAUUGUAUUGAGAACACCACAGUUUGCAGAGACGUGGUUCAUUACUCCGACAAGCUGGAAGUGCGCUGUGGAGGCAUUUGCUUACAGCAUUUUCAAAAAAAUUUGUUUUACUGUCGAAGGAUGUAUGGCCAUAUCAGUAGAUUAUACAAAAACUUUCCAACACAAAGAAUGGAAAGAAACUACAGUGGACUGCUUCCUUCAACCAGCAAUGACAGUGAUGAAUUUUGUUGCUGGUUGAAAUAAGUAGUAGUCGUCUGGAGUUAGUAUUCUAUUCCUUUUAUGUCCAAAAGUUUGAAACCAACACUUUAUUCUUAUUUUCCUGCUAAUCCUUAAAUGAAUGCUUUUCAGAGGCUGCUGGCCCAGAUAGCUAACAAUUUCUUUGUUUGCAUUGUUCGGCCAAGCAUCACAGCUACCAGAUAACUGGGUUCUAGUUGCCUGGUAGAAAAGCUGUUUUCUACCAGGCAACUGCACGUGCCGUCUCGAUUUUCUUUCUUGAAUGGCAUGGGAUUGGGCCUGGGUGCCAUACUGCAGGAAACAAAUGAUCCGGAGCCCAGGUACCACUUCCAGAAGAUGCAAGGAAAUUCCUUUUAUUGGGAGUGACAAUAAUAAGACAUUAAUAUUUGGCUCACAAAUUCAUUGCCUUGGUCGACACGGGAGCCACAAAUUCCUGCACAUCACAUGCAGAGUAAUUACUACGGGCAACGAACACCUAUUGCACAUGGGUAAUAGCAAAAAGUUACAGCCUAUGCGAUGUGGAAUGAUGUUACUGCUUCUUGCAGGCAUGUCCACCGUAUUUAAAGAAGGAGUCUGUAAAGAUGUCCACCGAUGCCUUUCUAAACAACUACAGGCAAACUAGAGCAGAACUGUUUCAUGUUCCUUCAUGUGUAACCAGACAUUUCGUAUGCUUUUAUGUGUGCUCACUGUGCAAUACCUCACGUCUCUCGGAUUCAGUCAUAUGAUGCCAUCGCUCCACCUCGCCUUUAUAUAUCUGCAUCUGUUGCAAUGUACCGUCGCCAUUUGGAUAAUCUUACAUUUAUUUGUUUGUUAACUUUAUAAGUGUGUUUAGGAUUUUUUUUGUUUGCUGGUUUUAUUGUUUGUUUUGGUGCACCACGGGGCAUCCAAGAUAAAGACUGAUGAC